AAUCAGUAAACGAAAGUGGUAACAUUAUUCAAAGUGUAUCAUUUAUUAAUUUUAAAACUCAAAUAUUAUAUCAUAAUAAUACUGGUUUAAAAAAAAAAAAUAUUUUAUCUUCUUAUAAAAAAAUUUCAGAAUGUCUUCUUUAACUAAACCAAAAUCUGAAAUGACUCCCGAGGAACUAGCAAAAAGAGAAGAAGAAGAAUUUAAUACUGGACCACUUUCAGUAUUAACACAAUCUGUAAAAAAUAAUACACAAGUCUUAAUUAAUUGUAGAAAUAAUAAAAAAUUAUUAGGAAGAGUAAAAGCAUUUGAUAGGCAUUGCAAUAUGGUUUUAGAAAAUGUAAAAGAAAUGUGGACUGAACUUCCACGUACUGGAAAAGGGAAAAAAAAGGCAAAACCAGUAAACAAGGAUAGAUUUAUUUCUAAGAUGUUUCUAAGAGGUGAUUCUGUAAUUCUAGUUCUACGGAACCCAUUAGCAACAGCAUCAGGAAAAUAAUUUUACAAAUAAAUUCACUUUAAAAUUCUAAUCUGUAACUUAUUCCUUAUAAUUAUUUACUAUAAAUGAAAAAUAAAAAUUUCAAAUAAA